AUGUUUUUCUUAUUUGCUAUCGUUCAUGAUAUCGUAUCAGCUAUUUGUAUUGCCAUUAUUGUACCUAGACCGUUUACGAUCGAGUAUGGAUACGGUUUCAUCGCUAUUGGACCUGGCGAGCAUAUGGGUUGUGCUUUUGUGCUUUUAAUGAUAUGGAAUGUUACGUUUAUGAUUUCGGUCGUGUUUGUUGUUAACAGUUUUUUGCUUCAAUACGUCCAAGUUUGCAAUAGUUCACCAACUGAGGCAUACAAAGAUUUGAUCAGACCUUUUAUUCUUUUGCGUUACGAUCGAAACGUGACUGAUGUGUCAUUUUUCGGGUUCUCUUUGAAUACUGUUUCGACACUCGAUGUAGCCUUAUUCAUAGAAUGUCUUGUGGUGGUAUUUGUCAUAGUAAACAUAGGUAUGUACUGUGCUAGAAACACUCAUAUUUGUCUCAAACAGUGUGCUAUGAGCCCAAAUUUGAAAAGACUUCAUCAACAGAUGUUCAUGAUGUUGGUUGCUGAGCUGAAAUUGGCACUGUUAAAAGUGUUGUUAAAAGUAGUGCACUUGUUAAAAGAAUUACCGCUUAUACUGUUAUUCGCUCCGAGAUCAAAUUAUACAGAAUUAAUGUCACCUGAUGAAGGUGUUCCGUACAUCGAAUACUCGUCGUUAAAGUUACUGGACAGGUGUCUUCGAGAGAACUUUAGUUUCGACUCGACUAAAAACAAAAGAUUCCCGAUGGGCUCGGAUCACGAACUGAUGAUGGAAAGAAGCUAUUUCAUAGUCGUGGAAUGCAUUUGUGGAUUUGCAAUCGCAAUCAAUACUUUAUUUCUUCUUCUCUUGUUCAAAGUUCACCUGAAAGCAAUAGCAAUUUAUAAAAUGUUUUUCUUAUUUGCUAUCGUUCAUGAUCUCGUAUCAGCUAUUUGUAUUGCCAUUAUUGUACCUAGGCCAUUUACGAUCGAGUAUGGAUACGGUUUCAUCGCUAUAGGACCUGGAGAGCAUAUGGAUUGUGCUUUUGUGCUUUUAAUGAUAUGGAAUGUUACGUUUAUGAUUUCCGUUGUGUAUGUUAUAAACAGUUUUCUGCUUCAAUACCUCCAAGUUUGCAACUUCAUGAAACCCGGCAAGACUAUGACCGCAGAGAAGUACUGCAAAGAACUGGAAGAAUUGCACCGGAAACCCCAACUUCUUCGUCCGGCGUUGGUGAAAAGAAAAGGCUUGAUUCUCCUACACGACAAUGCUCGGCCACCAUUUCGAAGUUCGUCAAAGUGGAUAUUUUUGUUAUCCUUAGUCAACGUUGCUAUCGUCGUCAAUUGGAUGUUCGCAAUAUGGUACAGUAGUUCACCAACUGAGGCAUACAGAGAUUUGAUCAGACCUUUUAUUCUUUCGCGUUACAAUCGAAACGUAGAUGAUGUGGCAUUAUUCGGAUUCUCUUUAAGAACGGCUUCAACACUCGAUGUAGCCUUAUUCAUAGAAUGUCUGGUGGUGGCAUUUGUCAUAGUAAACGUGGGUCUGUACUGUGCUAUAAACACUCAUAUCUGUCUCAAACAGUGUGCCAUGAGUUCAAACCUAAAAAGACUUCAUCAACAGAUGUUCAUGAUGUUGGUGGCUGAGAUGGCACUUACCCGUGAAUUUACAUUCAUAUUUCUUUGCACUGGACCACUUCGUCGUUGGCCUAAUGGAAUGAUUUUCAUGACUUUCUUUUGUUUAACAACAAUAUCGACAAUAAUGUUUGCCACAACUAAUUUUUUGUACCAAUAUAUACAACUGUGCAAAAGUCAUCUGCUUCACCAUCCACCGUACGUACUCCGAUCCGUAUGCGUUGUCAUUAAUUUUUUGUGUGUGGCGAACUGGAUGGCAAUGAUCUAUUUCUGUUUAUGGCCUAGCGAUGAGUACCUCAGUGUCAUUGAUGAAAUAUGGCCGAAUAAAAGUUCGUCUAUUGCCAUGACCUCCUACAUAGGUAUAUCUAAUCGGGAUAGAGUGGAUCCGUUCAAAACCGCCUUACUAAUUGAAUCCUUGGUUUUGCUGCUGUCCUUAGCUCAAGUGAAUCCCUAUUGUGCUAUGAAAAUCCACACUUGUCUAAAGAUGAACGCACUUAGUUUGCAGACGAAGAAAAUACAUCGUCAAAUGCUUAAAUUGUUAACGGUGCAGACAGCAUGUCCAACGUUACUCAUGCACCUACCGUUAGGAACGAUGUACUUGUUGCUCUUCGCUGGAAUUACUAGCCCAAUUGUAAUGUCAUUCAUUAUUGGUGUUCUGAUGGCUACAUUUCCUCUCUCUGUACCAAUCAUAAUAAUAGUAUCCAUGAAGGAGUAUCGUCAAUUCUUUCUGGUAAAACUGAAGCUUGUAGAACCUGUUAUAAGUUCAACAGCAGCUGUUAGCUUCGCUUCAAGAAACGCAAUUUUAAAUCCGUGGAAAACAACUACGAAAUAA